AAAGUCAAGUGAAGUUACCACACUCUGUGGUGUGAAGAAGCAACAUGAUGUUCAGGAACAAUGAGCGGCCUUAAAGGAACUGGAAAGGAACUGCUUUUAGCAGGAAGGGGAACUGUUAAUUGAUACAACAGAGAGGCUGUGAAGGCGACUGACACAUGGAUAUUAUGGUUUUUUGACCAACCACCAACACCUGUGAAAGCAGAACACAAAGAAGAAUGCUGCUGUGUGUGUAACAGUGUGCUGUCCAUGGUCACAUUUAGGUCAUCUUGUGGAAUCCUACAAAGAAACAAGGGUAAUAGUAAGAAAAUGAUGUUUAAUAGAAGUAUCUUCGCUACACAGUCAGAUUGAAACAGGAAAAGUUCUUUGGAGCCACGUGGUUAUGAUAUCAUUGAGAUUCCAUAAUGCCUCCUGCUGUGACAGACAGUCUUGACAUCUGGGCAGUGGAUUCCCAGAUUGGUGCUGAUGGCUCAAUAUCUGUGGACUUCCUGUUGCCCACUGGAAUCUACAUCAACCUGGAUGUCCCUCGAGAUGCCACCAUAUCUCAUAUUAAACAGCUGUUAUGGAAGCAGGCACAUGCCUAUCCACUCUUCCACCUCCUCAUGGAGAUUGACUCUUACAUGUUCUCAUGUGUGAAUCAGACUGCUGUACAUGAAGAAUUAGAGGAUGAAACCCGGAGACUUUGUGAUGUUAGACCCUUUCUUCCUGUCCUUAAACUAGUGACAAGGAAUUGUGAUCCAGGAGAAAAGUUGGAUUCCAAAAUAGGUGUCCUCAUAGGCAAAGGUCUCCAUGAGUUCGAUGCCUUACAAGAUCCUGAAGUGAACGACUUCCGAGCUAAAAUGCGGAGGAUCAGCGAGGAAAAGAUUCAGUCCCUUGUGGGUCUCUCCUGGAUGGACUGGUUAAAACACACUUACCCACCAGAGCAGGAACCUGUUAUCCCAGAGAGCUUCCAAGAUAAGCUCUACAGUGGAAAUCUUGUAGUGGCUGUUCAUUUUGAUAACUGCCAGGAUGUAUUUAGUUUCCAGGUGUCUCCUAACAUGAAUCCCAUCAAGCUGAACGAGCUGGCAAUCCGAAAACGUUUGACUAUCCAUGGAAAAGAAGAUGAGGAAGUUGAUCCUGCUGACUAUGUGCUGCAAGUUAGUGGAAGGCUAGAAUAUGUUUUUGGUGAUCACCCGUUAAUUCAGUUCCAGUACAUCCGCAACUGUGUGAUGAACAGGACUCUCCCUCAGCUGACUCUGGUUGAGUGUUGCACCAUCAAGAAGAUGUGUGAGCAGGAGAUGAUUGCCAUAGAAGCUGCCAUAAACCGAAAAUCAUCCACCCUUCCUCUUCCUCUGCCACCAAAAAAAACAAGAGCAACAACUAGUGUAUGGGAUAUUUCCAACCCUUUCAAGAUUAUUCUGUUAAAGGGUAAUAAACUAAAUACAGAAGAAAAUGCCAAAGUUCAUGUUAGGGCUGGUCUUUUCCAUGGUACAGAGCUCCUUUGUAAAACUACUGUAAGCACAGAAAUAUCUGGGAGAAGUGACCACGUUUGGAAUGAAGAGCUGGAGUUUGAAAUCAAUGUAUGUGAUCUGCCAAGGAUGGCAAGGCUCUGCUUUGCAGUUUAUGCUGUGAUGGAUAAGAUGAAAACUAAAAAGUCCACUAAGGCAAUGAAUCCUUCCAAAUACCAAACAAUUAGGAAAGCAGGAAAAGUGCAUUAUCCUGUAGCCUGGGUAAAUACCAUGGUGUUUGAUUAUAAAGGACACUUGAAGAAUGGAGAACUGGUACUGCACAGCUGGUCAUCAUUUCCUGAUGAACUUGAAGAAAUGUUGAAUCCCAUGGGAACCGUCCAGACUAACCCUUACACUGAAAAUGCAACAGCUUUGCACAUUAGAUUUCAGGAAUAUUCCAAACAGCCUAUUAAUUACCCUCCCUUUGAUAAGAUACUUGAAAAGGCAGCUGAGAUUGCAAGAAACAGUGACAAUGCUGCAAUGGCGGGUCGAGGUGGUAAGAAGUUUUAUGUUGUGCUAAAAGAAAUAAUGGAAAGAGAUCCUUUAUCUCAGCUUUGUGAAAAUGAAAUGGAUCUCAUUUGGACUUUGCGAUAUGACUGUCGUGAAAAUUUCCCACAAUCAUUGCCCAAACUGCUGCUCUCUUUAAAAUGGAACAAACUUGAAGAUGUUGCUCAGCUUCAGGCUCUCCUUCAGAUCUGGCCCAAGCUGCUGCCCAGAGAAGCUUUGGAGCUGUUGGAUUUCAAUUACCCAGAUCAGUAUGUCAGGGAAUAUGCAGUGGGUUGUUUAAAGCAGAUGAGUGAUGAAGAGCUUUCUCAGUAUCUUCUCCAACUUGUGCAAGUCCUGAAGUAUGAGCCCUUUCUGGAUUGUGCACUCUCCAGGUUUCUCUUGGAAAGAGCACUCGCCAACAGGCGAAUAGGACAGAUGUUGUUCUGGCAUCUAAGGUCAGAGGUUCACAUCCCUGCUGUCUCAGUGCAGUUUGGUUUGAUUCUGGAAGCUUACUGCAGAGGAAGUGUUGCUCACAUGAAAGUGCUUGCUAAACAGGUGGAAGCCCUUAAUAAAAUGAAGACUUUAAAUAGUCUAAUUAAGCUGAAUGCCAUGAAGCAAAGCAAAGCAAAAGGAAAAGAUGCCAUGCAUACAUGUUUGAAACAAAAUGCUUACAGAGAAGCACUUUCUGACCUUCAGUCUCCUCUGAAUCCUUCUGUUAUACUUUCAGAACUGCAUGUUGAGAAGUGUAGAUACAUGGAUUCUAAAAUGAAGCCUCUGUGGAUAGUAUACAACAACAAAAUGUUUGGAGGAGAUCUUGUAGGGAUCAUCUUUAAAAAUGGUGAUGAUCUCCGACAGGACAUGUUGACGCUCCAGAUUUUGCGUUUGAUGGACAUCCUUUGGAAAGAAGCUGGUCUGGAUCUCCGGAUAUUGCCCUAUGGCUGUUUGGCGACUGGAGAUCACUCUGGCCUUAUUGAGGCUGUUUCUAGUUCAGAAACCAUUGCUGACAUUCAGUUAAAUAGCAGCAAUGUUGCUGCAGCUGCUGCCUUCAACAAGGACGCGCUCCUGAACUGGCUGAAGGAAUACAAUUUAGGAGAUGACUUGGAUCGAGCCAUUGAAGAAUUUACUCUGUCUUGUGCUGGCUACUGUGUAGCUACUUAUGUGUUGGGAAUUGGUGACAGACACAGUGACAACAUCAUGGUCAGAAAAAAUGGGCAGCUCUUUCACAUAGAUUUUGGGCAUAUUCUUGGAAACUUUAAGUCCAAGUUUGGAAUUAAAAGGGAACGGGUACCUUUCAUACUCACCUACGAUUUCAUUCAUGUUAUUCAACAAGGAAAAACAGGGAACACUGAAAAAUUUGGUCGGUUCCGGCAGUAUUGUGAAGAAGCCUACUUGAUCCUGCGGAAACACGGGAACCUAUUUAUUACACUCUUUGCACUGAUGUUGACUGCAGGUCUUCCAGAGCUGACCUCUGUCAAGGACAUCCAGUAUCUCAAGGACUCUCUCGCCUUAGGGAAGAGUGAGGAAGAAGCACUAAAACAAUUUAAGCAAAAGUUUGAUGAAGCACUCCGGGAAAGUUGGACUACUAAAGUGAACUGGAUGGCUCACACUGUUAGAAAAGAUUACAGAUCCUAGAAGACUUCUGCGCUUGCACUAAGCUGAAGGUUAGCUUGAUAAGUGUUUUUAGAGGGUAUCUGUCCUAUGGACCAACAAAACUUCAAGAAGCGUUUGGAUAACGCUCUCAGGCUCACAAACAACAAAAACAAAUGGACUGAAAUAAUUCCUGAGUCUUUUGCACUCUGCUUCUGAAUGCUUGAUUCCAAGACUGUCUCUAGAAACAGUGAACAUCCUGGAUAAUCAGUUCCUGCUGACUUUGCACGCUGAGAGCUACUAGGCAUUUUUAAAAAUUCUUUGGUACUUUAUGGAGGUGUAAAUAUUUGUUUUUAUACGUUAGAGUAAUGUACUCUAACAUACUCAGGAGGGUUGAAGACCUCUGACAGAACUGUUCUUUGCUUAAAGUUGGGACUUGAAGAGUAAAUUUUUUUUUUAUAUCCUAAUCUGGCUAAAAAUGACCAUAUUGUAUAUAUUUUUCAUAAGACCUCUGCCCUCCUGGCACAGAUGCAUUAAUUCUACUGUAAAUAGCAACCACGGUAUCACUGUACUGCAGGGAGCUGCCCCACGUCUCGUGCUGCUGCUGAAGGAAGGGUAGAUGUCUGUAGGGUGGGGGGAGGACAGGGACAUCUUUGGGAAUGAUGCAGCAUCCAAAUGUUCAGGGUUGUGCAAUUUUGUUCCUCUGACAUAACACACACAAAAGAAGCCCUUCAGAAUCAGGAAGGUUAAGCCAAUUCCAAACGUGCCUGAGAAUCCCUCCUUGUAAUGGUCUCCCACUCAGCCUCUGGGGCUUUGCCCUCAACAUCUUGAGAGGCACAUUUGGUUCAGGUUCAGCAAGAAGCUUCUUACAGCCUUACACUGGAAUUUGUAUCUCAGAUUAGUUGUUCCCUGCAAAAUGUACUGACCUAUGUAAGGGACAUUUUCAUUAAAUAUACUACACAAAGUGAUUUUUAGAGCCUACAUACCAAAAACCCAGAACACCAAUGCGAAGUCACUGAUCUUUUCUCACUGUAUUUAUUAAAAGCUUGCAGUAAUGUUGCUUUAUGUUGAAGAUGGUUGCUGAAGAAACUGGAUUUGUUUUAAUUUAUUUAGUGAGAUACCAGGCUUUUAGGUGCUUAAAUGGAGAGCAAAUUUGUUACGUGCAAUAGGGAACUGCUAGUUCAAAGAUGUGACAUAAUGUUUCCGAACAUCAGCAAGAGAAAUUUUAACUACUGCUUGUUCUCCAAGGGACACUGGUAGCUCUUGAUUCUUGUUGACAUUUGAAAGAGAAUUAAACAUAUAUAUUUACCUUUUGACUAAACAGUUCUGCAUGGAAAUGUUGGUUUACGUAGGAAUUUAGGUAAAGGUGCUUUUACUUUGUUGAGAGUGAUUUAUUUUUGUUGGUUUGAGGUUUCCUUGUUUCUUUUAGAGGUCAAGAACCUAACUGGAGCCAAGGUGGCAGUCUGUAUAGGGCUUUGAUUCUCUUGUCCCUCGCCCUUUGGGCUCAUCUAUCUGAAAAUCUUCUGCUUCUAGAAUAUUGUAAAAGUAACAAGUGGUUUGUGGUUUGGUUUUGUUGGGUUUGAUUUUUUUUUUAAUACAAUAUAGUAGCAUUAAAAGUGCCAUUUCCCCUGGGUUUUAUAUAUAUAUAUAUAUAUAUAUAUAUAUAUAUAUUCUACAGCAGAUGGCAGGAAGGCUAAAAAGAAACUACAUUGCAGGUGAUAACUGAAAAAAGUAAUUUCAUCCUCGGCUAAUUCACAGCAUGUAAAUUUGCAUAAGUAACUGUUCUGGGACACAUUGUAUUUUUCUGUGAAACAGAGUACUCAGACAUCUCUGCUGUGUUGUCUUGUUGAGGGAGACAUAACCUUUCCCAGAAGUUUGAGAUGAAGUUGGCAAGUUCACCUUGGUGCUUGGUGUGUGUGGUGUCUGAGAGGAGGGAGCGUGAUGGCAUCCUUAUAUCCAGAGCUGGAAAGGCAAGUCAGUUCUGUAUUCCACCCCAGCCUUCUUGUGGGACUUGGAACAAGUCAUUCAAGUCUGUGCCUCAGACUCACUCCUAUUGGCAAAACUGGAGGCAGGAGCCUUGACCUCCAGGUGCAGGAACACCUUCCCUCAAGUACCACCAGGAUAUUGCACAGAAUAAAGUUAUUUUGUGUUGUGAGGUUUUUUUGGAUGUGAUUUUUGAUGCAGGUUAUAAAAGUACUUGAGAUAAGCAAUAGGAUUUCCUCACCAUCUUCCUUGAGGAAGGUAUUUAGAGAUUAUUAAGAAAUACUACUUCUGCUCAGUAUUUGUGUUGGUUAAUAGCCCUUGAACGGGCUGUGUUGUGUUUGGUUGUCUUUGCUAUGCUUACUCUUGGCAAUGAAUUAGUAAGAAUGGGGAGAGGAAGUUAGAGGCCUGUUAAAUGGUCUGGUUUUGUGUUUGGCAGCAGAGACAAUGCAUUUUCCUCAUGUAAAUUGAUCUUGGUCUUCAAAUAGCUGAGAAGAUAGCACAUCUCAGAGCAAAGCCUUCCAGGCUGACGUCUCAGGGGUGAACCUGACAGGAAGCAGUGUUUAUAGGGUCACUGAGGGUAAUUUUGUGAUACCUUCAUGUUAAGCUCUGAGUGGAGUACUGGUUUGCUGAAUUGUAUUAGCAAAUAGAUCACCACUUUCUCUGGUUUUCAUCAUAUUUGCUACAGCCUGUGGUAUACAGACUUUGAUUCAGAAAACGAACAAAUAAAUAAAUAACUGCUUUGUGAAAAGUUGGAAGAGACAGUCUGUCCUUCGCAUUUUGUCAUCCAAGAGGAAAAGACUGGAAUUUUGGCACAUCAAUCUAUUGCUUAUUUCUGUACUUACCUCCCAAUAUCCACCUGCACUAUUGAAAUGGUAAAUCUGUUUGGGCUCAGUGGGAUCAUAUUAUUUUAGACCAUUUACAGAAUUCAGAAGGCAUCAAAUGGUCAGAUUAUAAUAUGAGAGGUUAAAGAUGUUUGUAACAGUAAGGAGAAACAUCACCUUUUUAAAUGUGGAAGCUUUGGAAAGGAUAUAGCUUUGUGCAGCUGUAGAAAAGAAACAUAAGGUACAACUUUGAUAUCAAACAUCUUCAGUUCAGAUGGUCUCAUGUUAUGGUAAUUACUUUUCUCCAGAUCUACUUCUAGUCUGCUCUGUACAUGUCAACUGAAAAAAUUACUUUUCUUUCUCAAGGCCUUCAUUGUAUCUGGCAGAGGAAGAAAGCUACCUAGGCUGCUUUAAAAACCAAAACUGAAAUUGGGUAUAUGCAGUGUAUAUAUUGUAUUAAUUUAUUCUAGUUUUCUUUUGAUUGUAUGAGUACUUUAUGGGUUUGCUUUCUUUACCUUGAAUCUUUUGAUUUGUGAACAAAUGGUGACAACUGCUGCUUUUAUAUUCCUGCUUGUCCUGUGUUGGAUUUCCAGGGAAAGAGUUCCCAUGGAUUUGCCCCUCACCAGUGGAGUUGCUUCCUUUCCCUUUUAUGCUUGUAUCAGUUGUGUUGGCAGGGGUCUGUUGAUUGUAAAGUCACAUUCUAGUGAAUGCCUUUGAUGGAGCCCAUUUGUGUAUUUAAUAUAAUAGAGUCCAAUAUUCCUCUUAAAUUUCCUCAAACUAUUGGAAUCAGAUAAUUAAGGAGUACAGGCUCUUAAUAACUGAUAUGUCAGGGUACGAUCAUAGCUUUAUUAUUUAGGAAUGAUUUCAAGCCUAAAUCUUUUAAAUGUGUAAUCAGUAUUUCUAUUAUAAUUCUUUCACAAUAUAUUGUAUUAAUAUAAUUAUGUGUCUUGAGCCGGCUUUAAAAUCUAAAACUGAAAGCCUGUGCUCACAUAACAUGUUCCAGUUUUUGGCAAGUUUUCUUGAAAUAAUUUUAAAAAUUACUUGUCUGGCAUAAGAGCUGAGGGGGUGGAGCUGUCCUGAUGGAUGAGUGUCAGUGGGUGCAGCCAUAGAGGUGCCAGAGCUCCCUGGCUCUGGGAUUUCACCGUUUGCAGGGGCCUGUGGAGUUUUUGGAGACAAAUGUGCCUCGUUGUGCCGUGGCUGGGGAGAUCAAAGUCAGGCCAAGCUCAAGGUAGUGGCUUUAUUGCCUGACCUCAAUACCACACACAUAAACCUGUGUAUGACAGGAACAAACAUGGUCUCACAGUACCAGGCAGAUCUCUGAAGGAAAUUCUGGUAGCCAGCCCAGGAAAAGUGCAGUCAUUUAACAGCUACUGAGAAAACAAGUGCCAUAUUAGCUUGUGCUACCUCAGCACAUAAUGGAAAUGUUGUAGUUGCUCUUCCCAAGCUUGACUUCAUGACUGAUGGAGGAGAAGAGUGGUGCUUCUGCAGUGCUGAUCAGAGAAAUGAUUUACCAUGUUACCAGCUGUCCUUCAAACAGGACAGGAAAACAGCGUUAACUGGGGGGGAAGUGAGGAGAAGAGAAAGUUGCUCCCUAAAAUGAGCUGGGUUUGCACAUUGCUAUUACUUAGAUGCCUUUCCAGACUAAUAGCCCCUAUGAGGAGCUUUGCCGUGUGUCCUCCAGCAAGCCACAAAGGAAAUCCCAUCAGGCAGAUGCUGAUAGAACUAUCCCCUCUGGAACUCUUGGCUAAAAGCUCAACUAUGUCAGCUAUUGGAACUGGUUUCACUGUAGUGGACUGUGAGAUUUAAAGUAAUGCUGCUGUGAUGAGCUAGUCCUUCAUCCUUUCAGUCUGUCACCUUGCUCUUCCUCAGGUGACUAUCUGGAGAUGUUUCCUCUGGAUUGCUUGAUGAAGAGGGAUGAGGAUGAAUAGAUAUUUCUAAAGUACUGGAGUGGCUUAUUCUUGGGAAAGCUGUGAAGGAUCACAGCUUAAGAAUAGCAGUCACGGGGAAACGUAAAAGGUUAAUUCUGGUUUGCCAGGCAUUGCUUGGCUUUUAUGAAGCAAAUGAGCGGAAGCUACAAUCAAGCACCAUGGAAACAUGGUUUCUGAGGGAUUAAGGCCCUUGUAGCACAAGGAUCUUCUUAAGAUCUAAUUUCUGGCUUUAGAAGUCUGUGUUUGGACAGGAAGUCUGGGCACUUGCUAGAAGGACACAGAACCAGUGAAGUCUGGGCAGAAGGGUUCAUUCCUGGUAGUGGUUCAUUCCUAUUUGUAAAUCCUGCCUCAGGUUUUCUCCUACCUAUGGUACCUAAUGGGCUUUGCCCUUUGGGCUUUGGACAGCUCAGUCUAGUUUCUGAAAUGGUCUCGGUCUCUUGCCUAAGGAGCAUUGAGUGUUUGAUAUUCCAUAAAGGGAGCUAAGCAGUAUUGUUCAAGAUACUCUGGAGCACAGGAAUGUUGUAUAUGUGGCUCUGAAUUCCUCCUGUUGAAAUUGUUUUCUGAGGAGGUGGAAACAAAACACAAGAAUGGAUGACAUAGCUCAGUCAAAGUACUCCCUAGGGAUAGAAAAAAAAAUCAGGAUUCCAGUCCCCUUACCAAACAUUCAUUGGAACAAAAAUGGAACAGCUCCAAAAGGGGAGCAGGAAGGACACAGAGAGUCCUUAGGAAAAGGAUUAAUGAAACAAGUCCAGACUUCCCAGCCUGUGUUCUAUCUGCUUGGCUAAAUAAAAGAACCCUUAAUAUCAACGGCUAUGGGACACUAAGUCUGUUUAGCCUGUUACCAACCAAAGAGUGAGGAAUUCAUCCUGAAUAUAGAGUUGGCCAGUUGCCAUGGGAGGAAAAGAUGUAUGCUGCUAAACUUGGGAUAACCUAUUCCAGAGGCUACUUCCUCCUUUCACCUGUACUCAAGAAUUCCAAAAAGAUAAGUAGUCUUAUGUAUGCCUGGACCUUAAUGCCACCCACCCCUACCAUUGUGUAUUGGCAUAUUUGGCUCCUAUUUGGAGCUGCACUACACAGUUUUAAGAAUUAUAGUUUUGCUUAAAAAUUAUAGUUUUGGGUUUAAGAACCUGAAGAAAUCUUAAAUACUUUGAGAGUUGUGAUCCUUGUUGCUUCUUUUAAGGCAAGAUGCUGAAUCAUAAGAGAGGUGUUGAAAGCCUGUGAGAGGUCAGAAAUUCUAUCAGGGUGUUUGGAUGUGAUCUGCCAUCCUCAUGGCCUUUAGAAAGCCCCCUUCCCCCAUCAAGUGCAUACCCGAGUUAGUUAAUUUAAAAAUAAAAUGUUUAAUAUUCCAGACCACAAACAAUACUGAAACAUACCAAGGCAUUGCAAGUAAGAGUAAUGUACCCAGUGUUCUGCAUGCAAUAGUCACGUCCUUCUUUGCAGCUCAGUGGGAUAAUCUUGUUUCCUGGAGAGAACAAAGAAAACUGGAGAUUAUUUCUGAAACAAUUCCUUGUCCUUAGUAGCUGAGAAACUUUUAGCUUACAGAUCUUUGCUUGCAGGGUGCAUGCUGGUUGAAUUACUGCCUGUGCAUCUGCUGUGUAUAGUAUGAGCUACAGUAUGGCUGGAAUUGCUGAUGCUGCACAGGCCGGAGACCCAGUGAGCCUGAGGGAUCCAAGCUUUAGCAUUUGGGAUGUGGUUGGGUACUGGCAGGGUACCCACAUCAGAUCUUUAAUCACCCCUCUGCAGUCACAGGUGGGCUGUGGCUCCUCCCCUGUCAUAGUGGUCGAGCAGGCUGUGGGCAAUGAAGCCACUCUCCGAGUGCAGGGUCUCGCACUUCCGGCAGGUGAGGAUCUCGCAUUUCGGACACAUUUUCCCGGAGUGUGGCUGCCUCAAAGAACAGAUUUCCUCCCGUGCUGGCUUCAGCUUCUUGGAGCCUUUCCUGUGUAAACAUCUCCUCUUGUCUUCAAAAAGCUGACUUCUUCCCUGAGGGCUACAACAGUCACAAAGAGAGGUGACAAGUUCAGCCUGUGCACUUCCUAGGGCAGCAGAAGCAAUUAGUGUGUGAUUUAUGAACCCUUCCACAGGCUAUACCUGUGACACACCAGGAGCAGGUGCAACGUGUGGUCACCUGCAGAAAGCAGGAAUGGACAGAAAAAGGGGAGUCUGGCUGUGAUGGCAGGACAAACCAUUAAUUUUAGAACACAGAAUGAUUAAAGGAUUUCCAUCAUUUAAACAAAACCAUAAACCAGUGAUGCCAGCUAGCUAGGUAGGAUCUUUAAUAUGCAGCUUUUCUGUGGGUGAUUGUGGCACAAGUCUCGUGUGUUUGCAUGAAGACAAACUCCAUACAGCUCUGUGUAUCUGAAUUACUGGCAUCUGACCUAAUAGGCCUCCCCCAUACCAUCAUAAAGGUUCUUUUCCCACUUGUGUGCACUAACAGUGCACACUAAUGCUGGCCAGUAGAUAAGCCCUAUAUUGCACUGACCUUGAACAGAGAUGGAAGAGCUGAAAGAAAAGGUCUCUUGAUCAAAUUAUAUACCAUUGUAUUUUAUAUAAAACAGUGCUUCAAAAUCAAGCAGCUAACCUACGUAAUCCCUUACGAGAGCUCACAAAUCAGUGCUGAACUGUAGAAAUGAUGUGAUUUGGCUGUACCACUGUGGGAGUUCUGUAGGCCCUUGUGGCUUGAAUGUUUAAAAACUACCGCCAUGUAAUGUGUCUGUAGAAAUAUCUCCAGUAAGGUCUGAAGACUGACUCUUUCCAUUAAUGUGAGAGCACCACGGGAGGAGGUUCCUACAUUCCUGUUGAAUUUCUUUUUUUUUUUUUUCAAACUGGGGAAGUCCGUAUUUAUCACUGACACAGAAGGAUCAAUGUCUGGAAAACAUGGUUUUACUGCUUUGCAUUUGUCUGCCCCCCUAACGCACGCUUCAGUGAAAUUAUGAAUAACAGAGAAUACUCACAGAUGUAAUUCACUUCUUGGAUGUUUGACUAUGUUUCUAGUCCAGUUCCUUAGCAGUGCAGCAAGAUAAAUCCCAAAGCCAAGCCCUUGGUAUUAGCUGUGCUGCAAUUAGAUCAGUCUGAGAGAAAAAUGUGGCUCUCAGGUUCAUUUCUGGCUAGUGUAUUUUAAUCUUAUGUCGAGCCUGUAACCAGCUGCUGUGGCUAUCAAGCUUAAUGUAGUUAGCUGAGUAAUUGUGGAGACUUGCGUGCACUUCCUCCUAAGACGGUAAUUUCAUGAUAAUUAUCAAAGACAGACUCUUUGUAGGAGAUCUGUAGGGAAUGCAGGUCUUGAAUGAGAAAAAACAAUUUUUGGAAACCCCUCUUGAUCUUAGCAUGAUGCAUACACUCAGUUUAAUUUGUGUUAAGGAAGAAUAAUAUGAAUAAUAUCAAGUAGAAAGACCCAAAAAGAGAAUUUCAAACCCCAUAUGGAUGAUUAUAAUGUCUCAAAACUAAUACAUGCACAAAGCAGUAAGCUCAAACUCACUUUUCCCUUUGCUUACUUUUGUUGAAAAAGGAAUAGUUUUGCGUUGCUUGUCUUUUUGUUUUGUUUUUCCUUUUCUCCUUCUAACUGAACAGUAGUAAGUAUAAAGGUACGAUUGUAGGAACACAAGCAAUAAUUAUGCUCUGAUUCAAGAAACUUAGUAGCACUGACUUUGUUGGACAGUGAUUUUUGCUGCUGCCCAUACAUUGCCCAUUACACCCUGGAGUUACAGCUGUCAGUGCAACAAAAACUGCAGCAAUGUUACUCCCAGACCAGUGUCCUGGGUUGUCGGGCUGGCGGUGCUAGUGUGUAUCUGGAGGAACAGAGAUGCUGCCUCUCUGAAUCUCUCACUGGAAGCAUUGGGAAAUGGUUAUAAGAGGAACACACAGACACACAAGGUUUGGAGACAUUCAUUUUGUGUCUACUUCUGCCAGUGACUUCCUAGUUUUUAGGUCAAGUUGUUUAAUUAGUCCAUAACUGUUUCCUUGUUUGUGAAACAGUUAAUACGGCAGAGCUAACAAAAGUGUCUGUGUGGCUCUUCCAGAGCUGCUCUGGAAAUACUUACAAAAUUUCUUGGUUAAAAAUGUUUACAAAAUAUAAUCUAGGAUGUACUUACAAUUUAUUCUUAGGAGACCCAGAGAAAAGGCUCAGUCCAGAAAAUCUCUUCUUAAAUAGCCGCUCUCGCUUUUUUCGGCUGUGCUUCCCAUCUCCUGCGCUUCCUUCCAUGAGGUCCCUCUUUUCUUUGUGCCAGCUCAUUUUAUCUGUCAUAACAACACCACUUGCUUAGAUGAAAACAGAAGUCUGAGUAGCUUUUCGAAAGCCUCUCCCUUGCUUGUUGUACCUGGCGAAGUCUGGAUGUGUUACUCUACCUGCAAAGGGUCCUGGUUACACCGGAGGUUCAGUUGAGAUCAGGGAGCAGCUGCUUUCCAUCAGAUGAAGCAAAUACCUGCUCUGAAAAAUCCUGCAGACACAAGGUGACUCUGGGUAUUCUUGCUCUAUUCCACGUAAUUAUGGAAAGUAGGCUUGGACAUUAAACAUAAUGAAUAUUUCCCUCUACAUGCUCUCCUUCAUGAUGAAGCUGGUUGCUUAAACCAAGAGCAGAGGCGGCUCGUUUGAUAGAAGCGAAGAGCCAGGAGCCAGUGAAACAGCUUUGUGCAGAGAACAGAAGCAGUGAAACAAAUGUGAGAUGGAACAAACACUGCAAAGCAAAAACCAGAACCCUGAAAAGAUGAAGAACCAACUGGGGAUUUUAGUUAAGGAUUGGAAAUUGUUUCCUUUUUCUUUUGAUAAAGCAGUUGAUUAGGCUGCAUUUCCGCGUUGUGAUGCUUUGUCUCCAAGAAUUAUCCCUUUGGCCUCUCUGAUUGAAUUAGUCUCUCUGUGCUACAUUUGAUACUUGGUAAUUUCAUUAACUUUUGGUUGCUUGACUUGGAGGGUCAUGUUCACCCCCUCCUAUGUCUAUUGUCUUGUUCCUGCCUGUUAAAAAUAUUUUCCACAAAUCUUCUGUACAAAAUCACACAAAGUUUUUGGGCUUAAAAACAAAAUUGACAAUCAUUUUGAACUUUUCUGCUUUUACUCUUCAUCUUUUCUCUCCUUGUAUGCUGCUCUCCCCUCAGUCUCUCCCAGCCUUUUAAGUACAGUUCUCCAUAACCAGUUCAUACCUUAGGACACACACAGGCAAGAGCGACUGAGACUCACUGCACAAAUGCUUUGCAGGAUCACACCUUGAAACAGUUUUAAGUUGUGUUAUAAUCAUUUACCAAAAUUACAUGGUAAUACACAUUAACAAGAAACUGUAAAUUCCUUGAAGGAACAUAGAGUGACACACCUUGCUACUCAGGCUUGGUCAUGAGAGACCCAGUGUUUUAACAGAACCCAGGUAAGUCGGACUUGUAUAUCCCACAGAAAUGGCAGAAAAGACCAUUUAUGAAAGGAAUUACAAACAGUUCACUGACCUGUAAAAGGAAACUGUCACUAAAGUAUUACUAAGAUGUGAAGGAAUAGAAGUUGUGAAUGAAAGAAAAUUUACACACCUCACAAUUACAGACUUUGGGGUUUAAUUGGUGACAAAAUAAUCUGCAAAUUCAAGACCCAUUUUAGGCAUACAGUGGUGCUGAGGUGAAGCUCUGCAGAACAGAACAGUCUGUGUCUAAUAAAAUCAGCAACUGGGGAGGGAGACAUCUACCUUGCUUCUGAGAAGGGAGCUUCAAAGGCUUCUCACUGAAGGGUCUUUCAGUACUGAUAUGACUUGUCUAAAAGAUCAAGAGAAGAAAAUGUAACAUCGAAAAUAAACAUGUAAAAAUUGGUAACAAAGCACUGAAGAUACUCAGAUCUUUCUUUAAGCCUUUUAGACAAUUUUUGAAAAAUUAUACUUUGGACAUGUACAGUAUUUAAUUUCUCUUUUAAAGAUGAAUUUGUCUGGCUAUGGGAGUGUAAUUAGUUCUAAUGAUGUGAGGGAAAAUCCUUCUAUACUUUAACUAUCUGUUUAAAAGUGUUGCCAAAUCAGAUCUGAAUACCCAGUAUUUGAAUAAUUGAUUUAUUUGCUUUACUUUUCUUCUCUGCUUAAAUCUUGUGAAACUUGACUACCAUUGCUUUCUAUCUACCAACCAAUUGUUCUCACCUUUCUUAUCUAGCACUAAUGGAGUUGUUUUGUUAAUGACUCUUUAAAAAGGGGAUUGUACUUGCACAUCUGGGAGAAAAUAUGUUUCCUUCAGAUGAAGAUCAUAUAUCAGCAAUGGACAACAUUUUCAGGAACCUCAUUGUUGUAUCUGUAGGUUAUCUUUAGUUCAUUAUAAGCAAGGUGUAGUACCUGCAAGACUUGAGAUGCCAAAACUGAUCUGCACAGAUGCUGGUUGUUGAUGGCUUUCAUUUCUGGAUGUCUUGAGCCGUAUAUUGAUGGCCUGAAACUGCCUUCAUAGAUAAAAUUUGACUUCAGGACAAAAUAUGAAUUAUGAAUGGGGUAAAAAAACCAACAGCAACAGUUUACAAAAGACUGAUUGUUUUCCCUACCCAAGACUGGCAGGCUGAAGAUGCAGGAAACUCUCUUCCAAAAGCAGAGCGUUUCCAUGGCCAUCCCUCCAACUGUCGCAGCCGUGAUUCAGCUGUUGUCCUCUGGAGUAAAAGUACCAAACAGAAUAAGAGGUAAAAUCUUUGUGGCAGGGGCUGUCAUGCAAAGACACAGAGUAAAAGAUGCCAGACAGGAAAGGAUGUCUGGAGAGAGGAAAUUACGUGAAUAGCAACUUGGGGAGAAUUUCUUGGUGUCCGCACGAUGCGGCUUUUCUGAUCCACUUGCGUGUCUUAAAUGAAUUUUCAGCUGUUGGAACUAAUUCUGAUCAUAUUAUUUUGCCACCACAGGGUGUCUCUGCAUGUCUUCUUUCACCAAAGGCUUUGGUAGCCUUUAAUGGCAGUCUGUGAGCUCAAGAAAAUGUAGGGCUAAAGGAAAAUGUCCCCCAGUUUAGCUGUGAAUUUUCUUCAGGAUCGCGAUCUUGGAUUGGAGUGGUGAUGCCUUCAUUAGCUGGUAGGAAAUUCUUCUUUAGCAGCCACAGUCCAGUGAUGUUAUUUAAUUUGGUUUUGAGAACUCUCCUGUAUCACAUCAGAGAAAGCUGUGGCCAUAUGCUGUGGUACACUGUUCCAACUUCAGCUCAUUCUGCACUCUUUUCACAAGGUUUGAGGUAUUAUUCCUGUACUGACACGUUUCUAUUAAUUUUUAAUUUUUCUGACUGCCAUUUCACCUUUAUGCUCAUGGGUGUAUUUUCUGCUCCCCUUCAAUCAGGAUAAAGCUGGCAUGAAGUCAGCAUAGACACUGUAUCAUGUGCUCUGGAUAGUUUGUAUAAUAAAACAUUUUAAUAAGUUGG